AUGUAUCGCCCAAGCCUGCGCUCUGUCUUGGGACAGGCCCUGCAGGUUUCCCGCUCCCAAGCUUUCCGAUCAGCACCCCGUCGUUUCGCAUCGACGGCAGCUCCUGCAGACAGGCCUCGAUCAUGGAAGAGCUCCGGGUUGAGAUGGGCGUUGGCCAUCGGCGCUGUAUACUAUUACAACACAAGCUCUGUCUUUGCAGAGGAAACCGCCGAAGCAACGCAAUCAACGGCUGCUCCGCCCUCCUUCUCCGAGUCCGAUCUUCCCACUGUCGAUUACGUCAUUGAGCAAAAGCGCAAGCAGCUCAAAACAAAGGCCGAUCAGGAGGAACAAGGCCAAGCCGACUCAACAGCAGAUUCCGCUUCCGCAGCGGCGAAGAAGACAAAGCAACCCGCAGCCGAAUCACAGCACAGAGCUGUUUCCGAAUCACCAGAGAUGCUCGAGGAAGAAGCUGGCCAACAAGGAGCAUUCAAUCCGGAAACUGGCGAAAUAAACUGGGAUUGUCCAUGCUUGGGAGGAAUGGCUACCGGUCCUUGUGGCGAGGAGUUCAAGACGGCCUUCAGCUGCUUCGUUUACUCCACCGAGGAGCCCAAGGGAAUGGAUUGCAUUGACAAGUUUCAAGGCAUGCAGGAAUGCUUCAGAAAAUAUCCCGACAUCUAUGGCGCCGAACUUGCCGACGACGAGUACGGUGGAGAAGCCACCGCCGAGGGACAUGAUGCCCCUCGCCAAGAUGAACUGGAGACAAAUACCCUGCCAGGUACCAAGAAAUCGCCACAAGGCGGCGUGCCCCAAGAAGGGGAGGAUACCGCAGGUGCAGUAGAAAAGGCUGCCCACGAAGAACAGCCACCGAAGAAGGCCGAAGACGAAAAGAAGGAAUAG